AUGCUUGUGCCUCCAUCCAAACUCAAAGUUAUUGUUGUCAUGAGGUUUCAUGAGCAUAAUCAUAAUACAAUAGGAAACGCGGACCCUACAAGUAUACCAACGAUCCGCCUAUGUCUAAAAACAAACUGUAUAUUGUUACUAAAAAAGAACGUCGCGCAAAGACACACUGCCAAUGCGCAUGCAUCACAAAAAACCACUUUUUACUAUCUUCCAUUACUCCCAUACUUUUUUCCGACUAUUGGCAAAGCUCAGGUUGCAAUUCACCAUGUCACCUGUGUACAACGUGUCUUGAGCGUCGAAGGUGGUCAGAAAACGCAAGCGAACGCGUGA